GCGGGGACGUGGGACGGCGCAUUCUUCCGUGCGGGCUGGCGGGGACCGUGGGGCCGGCGCCAAUUUUUCCGUGGGGCACCGCCGCUUCCCCAACCUCUUGCUUUUGCCACUCGGGGCUGCGUGGCCCGGCGUUAGCCCCGCGAGGGGACGGGCGGAGCGUGCGCGCGCGGGGUCCCCGCGGCCCCAGCAGUUCCUCUCGCGCGCGGUGGGCGGCUGGGGUCAGCAGCAGUCGGGGGAGGCCCUCGGCGGCGCCAUGUCAGCGGGCGGACCGUGCCCGGCUGGAGCCGGAGGGGGACCCGGGGGCGCCUCUUGCGCCGUGGGAGUCUCCCCCGGUGGGGUGUCCAUGUUCCGGUGGCUGGAGGUGCUGGAGAAGGAGUUCGACAAGGCUUUCGUGGAUGUGGAUCUGCUCCUGGGGGAGAUCGAUCCGGACCAGGCGGACAUCACUUACGAGGGGCGACAGAAGAUGACCAGCCUGAGUUCCUGCUUUGCGCAGCUCUGCCACAAAGUCCAGACUGUGUCCCAAAUCAACCACAAGCUGGAGGCACAGUUGGUGGAUCUGAAAUCUGAACUGACAGAGACCCAAGCAGAGAAAGUCGUACUGGAGAAAGAAGUACAUGAUCAGCUUUUACAAUUGCACUCUGUUCAGCUUCAGCUUCAUGCUAAAACUGGUCAAAGUGUCGACUCUGGUACUAUUAAAGCAAAACUGGAGAGAGAGCUUGAAGCAAACAAAAAAGAAAAAAUGAAAGAAGCUCAACUUGAAGCUGAAGUAAAGUUGCUGAGAAAAGAGAAUGAAGCCCUUCGUAGACAUAUAGCUGUUCUUCAGGCUGAAGUUUAUGGGGCAAGACUGGCUGCCAAGUACUUAGACAAGGAACUGGCAGGAAGGGUCCAACAAAUACAAUUAUUAGGGCGAGAUAUGAAGGGACCUGCUCAUGAUAAGCUUUGGAACCAACUGGAAGCUGAAAUACAUUUGCAUCGUCACAAAACUGUCAUCAGAGCCUGUAGAGGACGUAAUGACCUAAAACGACCAAUGCAGGCACCACCGGGCCAUGAUCAAGACUCUUUAAAGAAGAGCCAAGGUGUUGGUCCAAUUAGAAAAGUUCUCCUCCUGAAGGAAGAUUAUGAAGGCCUGGGCAUUUCAAUUACAGGUGGGAAAGAACAUGGUGUUCCAAUUCUCAUUUCUGAGAUCCAGCCAGGGCAACCUGCUGAUAGAUGUGGAGGACUACACGUUGGAGAUGCUAUUUUGGCUGUUAAUGGAGUUAACUUAAGGGAUACAAAGCAUAAAGAAGCUGUAACUAUUCUUUCCCAGCAAAGAGGAGAGAUUGAAUUUGAAGUAGUUUAUGUGGCUCCUGAAGUGGAUUCUGAUGAUGAAAAUGUGGAGUAUGAAGAUGAGAGUGGACAUCGUUACCGUUUAUACCUAGAUGAAUUAGAAGGAGGUAGUAAUCCUGGUGCCACUUGCAAAGACACAAGCGGGGAAGUCAAAGUGUUACAAGGAUUUAAUAAGAAGUCAGUAACUGAUGGACAUGAAAAUGGAGACCUGGGAACUUCGAGGGAAACUCCGCUAGAAGACAGUGCUGCUAAAUUAGAUGAUCUACACAGUCUGUAUCAGAGAAAGUCUUGUUAAACUGACUAUCCCCAGACGAGAUUGUAAAAUCAGACUAUUCUGAACUUGGGGCACUAGGGAAGAUGGCGACAAAGACUAUACAAGCUCAAGGGAGGCUGUUUGUUGCCCAAUGAAAGGCGGGUACCUCAGGGCUUCGUGUGAACAAUUCUAAACGCCUGAAUCCCCGAUUCUGUGGUAUAUCAUAAUUGGCUAUUGCAUGUAAAGCAAUUUUGAUUUUCUUAAAAAAUUGUAAAGCACCAAAGCAUGUAUUUCCCAAAGGGAUAUUACUAGGCUCUUAAGUACCAAAUGAAGCACUACUGUUUUAUUUGGUUCCUCUCCCACUUAGUAGAAGGGAGAGUGCUAACCAGUAUUUUAUAAGAAAUAGCCUUUAAAUUCAAGAGAAUAAAUGAAUUCAUGUUAUAUAUUCCAGAAUGUCAAGUGUGGUGUUUCAAAAGACAGAACUUGACUCAAUGAAUUGCAGAAAUGUAGGCUGGACUUAAUAGUUUUUUUAACUGAAAGAAUGGCUUUGGGUUUUUUAAAAUUUUAUUUUGCAUCCUGAUACGUAAAUCAGUUCUUGAUCAUUUAUUGUGAUGAGUUUGCCGUUCAGCUCUAUGCAAUGCAGUACAAAAUAGGUUUCUUUAAGCAAUCCUUAUCAAUCAGUGCUGCACCGAAAUUGUUUCUGUAGUUACUGUACAUUGUACUUUUCUGAUUUUUCAAAAGAGAUGCAGAUAAGUGUAAAUUCUUUGUUCCCAAUUAUGUUGAUCUCUGUGCAUGGUAUUGGAGCAUUACGUUAUUACUGUGUAGUCUAAAAUGCUUUUUUUUUUUCUGGGACUACAAAAGACAGUUUUAUACAUUUUGAGUUGUUUAUAAAGUGUGUCUUGCUGUGAUAGUCCUGGCACUUACAAAUACAUUUUUCUGGCAGUAAAAGCUCAAAUUUAUUACUAUAUCAACAAAAUAUAUUGCAUUCUAACAGCAGUUUUCCCUCAGAGUAACAUUUCCUAGUCACCUAAAAAGCUGAGGCACUGGUAGGAAAGAUAAGGUAAAGAUGUUUUCAUACAGUAAUUGUUCUGGUUGGCUUUUCACAUCAGUGUCUGUUUGACUAAAGAGCUUUUCAGAUGCAAACUUCUGAUGUGCUAGUUUUUUUAUCCCAGGAUUAAGCAUGGAGUAGUGCUCUUUCAUUUACUGUUCCUACAGCCACUGUACCUUGUUGGGGAAAGUGAAAAUAUUACUUUUAAAGAGGUGAUAGUUUUGCCAGUAUCACUGUUUUAAAGGAUAUACAUUUAAGGGACUGUUAAGUGGGGGGAAAAGCUUGCCAGGCCCUUAGAGUAUUAUCAGUUCUUCAUUUCUAAUGUUCAGAUGUUAUGUGAUAUAACACAUUUUCUUGUCUUUCUUAGAUGCACUAUAUAUAUUUGUUCAUAAGUAAAUCUGUAAAAUGUAUAUACUUUAUUGGUGGUUUUGCUAUUUAUAAAUUUUAUGUUUUAACUAUUGUUCAUUUAUGGUUUGUUUUGGUGGUUUUAUUCAUCUGUAUAUCUUCAUGUUAAUUUGUAAUAGAAAUGCACUUCAUAGUAUAUAUUGUUACUGAUAUUAAAAUACCUUGUAGGAUAAAGAUGCCUCUAAGCAAAAGCUAGUAUUUAAUUGCACAACUGAAUAAGCAAGCUACAUGUUACUGUUUGCUCCUGACAUGCUAGGCUAGGCCUCUUAAAAGAAAACAAAUGCUUUUUCCUUAUGCAUUCCCCCAGCUGCAAACACAUACCCCCAUGCAUGACUUGAGAUCUGCACGCUGGAGUUUAGCCAGUGUACUCAUGUAGCCAAGAAAAUUUGCAUUGUAGUAAGUCUGAAAAUGUUUUUUUGUGUGUAACUCAAAACCAUGUUAUUUUUAUUUUUUUAAAACACAGAAUGGGAUGACUAUGGCAUUUUUUCAGAGAAUAUCUAUGACUGAAUUCUUAGGAAAUAUUAGCUAAAACUUUUUGACUUUCAAGCACUGUCUACUGAGUCUAUGAAGAAUUUUUUUAGGGCCUUCAGUUGGCAUAUCUAUAAAGGUGCUGUGUAAUAGGAUUGUGAGAGUUGGUUAUGAUAUAACUCCUUUCAAGGGCUGAUGAACAGAAUGAGAAAAUUUCCAGGUCGUUUAAAAUUUAAACUUGCAUGGGUCAGUCCCCUUUUCGUUCCUGCUGCACCUUGGUUUGCACGCCUACUUGAGAGCACGGUCGCUCAGAUGCUACUGUGAGCUUCCUGACAUGUUUAGAAACUACCCAGUUAAAAGUUCAUUUUGGAUAUAAGGUCUUUAAGAAUUACAGACUUUUUCCAAAGGACUGAAUGAGAAGCAGUUUUUUAUUUUCACAUGUAUAGGAAAGAAACGCAUAAUACUGAAGUUUCUGGGGCAAAACCAAACACAAGGAGAGAACUGGCACACUCAGUUGAAAGGAAAGGAAACACUGCACACUCAGAGUAGCUGAGAAAAACUUUUCAAUACAGUGUGACGGUUGUGUGUGUACAGCUACAUGUUAACCUCUAAAUUCUCUUCUAAGUAUCUGUUCUGAAUAUGUUGGAAAAACAGGUUAUUAGACUUUCUAAAAUAGAUUUAAGAGAUGAAAAUUUGUAAGUCUUGGUGAUUAUACUGAACAGUUGUCGAGUUAGCACGGUUUGUCUUGGUGCUGGUUUUUUUCCCCCCACAGUGAACUUAUUUUGUUUUUCUGUUUAGAAACAAAAUCUAUUAAUUCAUGCCUAAGUUGCACAUUAUUAUAAUUAUAAUUGACAUCCUAUUCCACCUAUCUGGUCUUCCACGUAGGCUCAGCCUCAGAUCUAUAGGAUUUAUGACAAAUGUAUUCUAUCUAGUUAAGUUGAGUUUAUUAUUUUUUUAAUAAGCCUGUAAAUAAAGAUGGCAUCUUCUACAUUAAAAAUGGUAUCAAUCUCAAUUUUUUAAUGAAUUUUGUUUCACAUUAAAUACUUUGGUUUGUUAA